CAACGCCGAGCAGGAAGCCAGCAGUGACGUCACUUUCCAGAAGUACCCCUCAGGUUUCAGAGACCGAAGAAGAAGCAGCUGAGGAAAGGAAGAGCGCGAGGCCUGCUUGGAGUCCGACGGUAUCAUCAUCAUCUUCAUCAUCAUCAUUUACGGUCCAGAAUGUCUCUGUAUCCGUCCCUGGAAGACCUGAAGGUCGACAAGGUCAUCAAGGCUCAGGCCCAGUUUGCCCAGAGCACGGCCCCGAUGCCGGCCAUCACCGAGGGAAGCUACCAGCCCCAGCCUGUUCCUGCCGGGAUGCCAGGAUCAGGUUUGUACCCGAACCUGGAGGAGCUGGGCGACUACAUGGGGCUGGCCCUCAACAGCGAUGAGGUGCAGAGGAACCUGGCGCUGGUGCCUGUGGCGGACAGUCAGGUGGCCCUCCCCUCCCUCUCAGGCGUGGGGGCGAUGAUCCGCCCCGUGACGGGGGCAGACGUGGGCAUCCAGAGGGCAGAGAUCCGUCCGGGGCUUCGGGAGGUCAUCCUCUGUAAGGACCAGGAUGGGAAGGUCGGGCUGCGGCUGAGGGCCAUCGACAACGGGCUGUUUCUGCAGCUGGUUCAGGCCAACUCUCCCGCCGCUCUGGCUGGACUGCGCUUCGGGGAUCAGGUCCUUCAGAUCAACGGUCAGAACUGUGCAGGAUGGAGCACCGACAAGGCCCACAAGGCUCUGAAAGCUGCAGCAGAGACCCGCAUUGAGAUGGUGGUGAGGGACAGGCCUUUCCAGCGCACCAUCACCAUGCACAAAGACAGCUCAGGACACGUGGGCUUCAUCUACAAGUCUGGGAAGAUCACCUCUCUGGUCAAAGACGGCUCUGCUGCCCGGAACGGCCUGCUGACCGAACAUUACAUCUGUGAGAUCAACGGUCAGAACGUCAUCGGGCUCAAGGACUCGCAGAUCAAGGACAUCCUGAACUCCUCUCCGACCACCAUGACCAUCACCAUCAUGCCCAAGUUCAUCUAUGAACACAUGAUUAAGAGGAUGUCCAGCGGUCUGCUGCGCUCCGCCAUGGAUCACUCUGUCCCUGAGGUGUGAAGACCUGGAGCGGAACAUCGUUUCUCUCCUCCAUCGUUUCUCUCCAUAGCAACAGACCUCCAGCCUCACGUUGCGAUCAUCCUUUCCUUUAUUACAUGUAACAUAUCGUUAAAAACCUUUUUCUACUUUCUACAUUUUAUCUGUUUUCAUCUGUAGUGUCUGAAUGUUUCCUUAGUCUGAUAAGAAGUAGGUUUGAUCUUUUUCUUCAGGAUUAGGACCAGUAAGUGUUUCUUGGUUAGUUAAUUAAUCCCAUCAUGAGUCCAGAGCUUCCUCGCUGACAUCCAGCCGCUGACAUUUCCUCCUUUUUCUAAAAUGCUGUAAAAGUUGAUUGGAAGCCGUUCGGAUUCAGACGGCGUCUCCUUCAGCGGGGCCAGUAGGAGCCAUUUCACUGACAUGUCCUCCUGUUUGCUGAAGUCGGCAUGUUUUCAUUCGCUGUCCCUAAAUUCAGAGCGUUGCAGUUUCCCGCGUCGUCCAGCAGAUGGCGACCUAUGGCAGCCAGUUAGCAGGCGCCGCAUGGCUGACGGCAUGUGAUGGAGAGUCUGGGGGGCCUGUUCUACGCUCUGCUGUUUCAAUAACCUGAACAGCUUUCAUGUUGUUGCUGGUAUUAUUUCAGAGGCGGGGCCUGAGCUGGCCCCGCCCACUAAGUGCACUUUCCAUCACCUUGAAAGAGGUCGUUUCUCCUGGAUCCAUUUCAGCCUGUAUCCUCUGUGGUGCCUCAGAGAACAAAUCCUGUAAAACUAAAAUGUAGUCCUUUAGAUUACCCCCCCGCCACGCCCCGCCCCGCCCCCCCACACACAUGUUCAUCCACACAUUUCUCCUUUUAUUGCUGUUCUUUUUUAGAUGCAUGUACUCUUUUGUCGAAAUGCAAUCGGAUUAAAUAAUGCUGUCAUUCUGUAAAAAAAAAAAGAAAAGAAAACAAUAAACAAAAAUCUUAAAGUUUAUAUACGAAUGUAACCGAGAUGAUAUUGUAAAG